AUGCAAUCUGAGUGCCAGAUUAACGGAUGCCGGAGGAUGCAUCAUCGUCUGCUAUAUGGCGCGGACGAAGAGCGAAGGCCGCAGCAACGAGGUGGUUUCAGACGCCACGGAGGGAACCAGCAACCAGUUCCCAGACGCAGCCCGGCCAGGAUGCCUUCGCGACGAGAUGGUCACAGGGACCAAGAAGGAAACCAGCAGCCAGCGGUUUUCAAAAACAACCUGGGGAGAAGUGCUCCGCGUGAAGCGGGACUGCCCACCCAAAGGAACCUAAGCUGCAUUGACCCUGAAGGAGGACGCCUACUGCCCGUUACGCUAUACGGAGCCGGUCGGAGGGUGGAUACAUAUGCGCUCCUGGACGAAGGAUCCUCGGUCACGAUGAUCGAUGACGAGCUGCGAAGGGAUCUUGGAGUACAAGGAGAGCGUCGGCAGCUUAACAUCCAAUGGUUCGGAGGUAGGGAAGCCAGAGAGCCUACCAACGUGGUGAGCCUGCAGAUAAGUGGAGUCGGUAAGACCACUCGCCACGCAUUAAAAAACGUUUAUGCCGUUUCAAGCCUGAGUCUGCCGAUGCAGACAUUAAGUCGACAGGAUGUCCAGGGAGUGCAGAGAGAUGCGCGUCUGCCGAUGAAGCCUUACAGCAACGCAGUGGCGAAGUUGCUCAUCGGUCUGGAUCAUGGACAUCUCGGAUUGCCACUUAGAACGAGGCGGUUCUCUAGAGAGGGACCGUACGCGGCCGCAACCGACCUGGGCUGGGUUGUGUUCGGGCCUGUAAGUGGGCAAUCGACCAUGCCAUCGCCGAGGUCCUGCCUACUCGCCGUGUCAGUGGACGACACAAUGGAGCAAAUGGUGGAGGACUACUUCGACGUGGAGAACUUUGGAGUGAAGCCCGCGCCACAGGUCGCAGCUAGCGACGAUGUUCGGGCCCAAAGGAUCCUCGAAGACACCACGGUGAAAGUGGGGCGUCGCUACCAGACAGGAUUGCUCUGGAAGGACGACCACGUUGUACUGCCACAGAGCUACAAGAUGGCGUACAAGAGGCUGGUCAACGUUGAGAGGAAAUUGAAGCGCAACAAGCCGUUAGCGCAAGAAUAUGACCGGAUCAUCAAGGAUUAUGUACUUAAAGGAUGUGCGAGAAUGUUGCAGCCGGAUGAGGUCGCGGUAAGGAGCGAUCGACUUUGGUAUUGCCCAUACUUUGGUGUCGAAGACCCUAACAAGCCCGGCAAGGUGCGGCUUGUGUUCGAUGCUGCAGCCAAAGUUGGAGGAACAUCGUUGAAUUCGGCGCUGGACAAAGGGCCUCAGCACUAUAAGCCUUUGCCAGCUGUGCUCUUCCACUUCAGAGAGGGAGCAGUCGGAGUCUGCGGUGACAUUAAGGAGAUGUUCCACCUAGUUCUGAUCCGACCCGAGGAUAGAUGUUCCCAACUAUUCCUCUGGAGAGAUGGCGACGACGACAGAGAUCCAGACGUCUACGAGAUGGACGUAAUGACCUUUGGAGCAGCAUGCUCGCCGAGUGCUGCACAUUAUGUCAAGACUGUGAAUGCCCUGAAGUUUCGGGAUUCGGAUCCGAGAGCAGUCAAGGCCAUCACCGACUACCACUAUGUCGAUGAUUAUGUGGACAGUUUCGCUACAGAGAGCGAGGCUAUCAGCGUAUCUACCCGUGUGAAGGAGAUACACGCGUAUGCUGGAUUCGAGUAGUGCCAGUUUUCAUCCAGCUCGCCCACCGUGGAGACGGCUUUAGGACCUGGACGAGUCAAGAGCGUCGGAUGGGGUGAGGCUGAAAAGAAGAUCCUCGGAACGCGUUGGCAAGUAGCAACGGAUGACUUCAGGUUUAACGUGGAGUAUCAUCGAGUGUCCCUACGAAAAGGGAAUAUUUGAGCCUGGUGAUGUCGACGUUUGAUCCCCUGGGAUUCCUGUGCUGCCUCAUGAUUACAGCGAAGCUGCUGCUGCGGGAGAUCUGGAGGCAGAAGAUCCAGUGGGACGAACCACUAGCGAAGGCUCUUCCGACUUGUCUUAGAGAGAUGGACGCCGUGGGACAUUUUCGAUGUCCUCUCCACUACUUCGGACCUAGUUCUAUGGACGGACUCGAAGACGGUGCUGAGGUGGAUCGGCAGCACGCACCGCCGUUAUAAGCAGUUUGUCGGCAACCGAGUGGCGGAGAUUCUGGAUUCGUCGAAGGUUUCUCAGUGGAGAUGGGUGCCUACAGCCGACAAUGCUGCGGAUGAUGCGACGCGGUCUCAGAGAGGAGUCGACCUUAGCCAGGAAUCAAGGUGGCUAAGAGGACCUGCGUUUUUAAGGCAGCCAGCAGCCAGCUGGCCGGAGCCUGAGCAAGUAAUUGAACGCGUUCCAGAUGUGCCGGAUGAAGAAGAGAUGCCCAGUGAGUUUGCGGCAAACAAUUUCGUACUCCCGUUUCAGAAAUUCUCGAGCUUCAAUCGCCUGGUGAGGACCACAGCCUGGGUCUUACGGUUUGCGCGCCGGUGCCGCAAACAGAAAGGCGAUCUCGAGGAAUACGGCCUUACUGCAGCAGACUGUGAGGUCGCAGUGAACCUGUUGGUCAGACAGGCACAACUAAAGUCGUUCCCCGACGAGAUAAGGUCGGCAGAAGCUGGAAAGGACGUCGCUAGCUCGAACGACAUUCGAGGGUUGGUGCCCUACUUGUACGAACAUGGGAUUCUACGAGCCUACGGCAGAACGUAUUCCUGCGUAAUUGCGAUCAGGAACUUCGUCUGCCUUAGAGAGCCACUACAUAGACUGCGCAGCGAUAACAGGGAAGCCAUACGCUUUGCAUGCCGUACAGUGCGAGGAGGCCCAUCAUACUGUCACACAGGCACAGUCUGACGGAGCUGAUUGUGCGACACUUCCACGCCAGAAUGAUGCAUCAAAACGUCGAUGCUACAAUUGCGGACGAGAUUCUGGGUUACGAAGAUAAGGCGUGUGAUGAGGUGUGUUAUCUCAUCGGGCAACGAGUGCAAGUUGCAGCGAGCUCGGCCGAUGCUGCCAAUAAUGGGACCCCAUCCAGAAGACAGAUUGGAUGCGGGUGGAUGGCCAUUCAAGUACACUGGAGUGGACUACUUUGGGCCACUGUUGGUGACUGUGUCCCGUCACAAGGAGAAGCGUUGGGUCGCCUUGUUUACGUGCUUGACGACAAGGGCGAUUCAUCUGGAGUUGGCGCAUGACCUGUCGACGUAUUCCUGCGUAAUUGCGAUCAGGAACUUCGUCUGCCUUAGAGAGCCACUACAUAGACUGCGCAGCGAUAACAGGGAAGCCAUACGCUUUGGUGACGUGUUCGAGAUGGAGAAGAUUCAGAGUGAGUUGUUAGCCGUAAAAAUUUCCAUUUUUCAUUAUCGCGCGAAAGCUUGGAGGACACACUGCGAAUAAAACGAGCCUACAUCCACGGAAUAGUCUGCCCUUUCUUUCGGGAUCCAUGGUGGAGUAGCCGCUUAAAGGCAACUCAGUUCGCGCGACGAUAUCAUAGUUUUCAAUGUUUUAGAUAUUUAUCGCCUUGUGCCCAUCACUUUUGCUACUCACUUUUGCACAUCACUUAUAUGAAAUAUCAGUGAAGUGAAGGCAUAUACAAUGUCGAGACAUACAAUGUCGAGUUCAACAAUAAAAUUGUUGAAUUUGCAUGCUGCCGCGAAUGCAAGAACGUAAUUGCAUAUGCACCUAGGCAUGGAACGGGCAAUUGGAAUUGUGUUUUGGCGACAAAUGAAAAUGCCAACCAACCCAGAAUUGAUUCGCUUUCAUUAUUUGCCAAAAAACGGUGCCCAGUCGUGUGAUGAAAAUUCUGGAGAGAAAACAGCUCGCAUUGGUUGGAAAAGAUCUACAUUCGUUUUCCGUAACUGAAGGCAAUGGCGUUCGCGACUAUGGCCAAGAGCUUUUGGAUAUUGGAUCAGUGUAUGGCAAAUUGGACUUCGCUGAUUUAGUCACAUCGCGCAAAACGUUGUCAUCUACAAUUAUGAGCCGAGAGUACGAAAGCCUAAAAAGUGAAGUGCGGUCCAAAAUAAAAGGUCAACAGUUGGCAUUUACAACAGAUAUGUGGACGGACGACGACACGCAAAAAAAACUUCAUUUCGCUGACGGCUCACUACGUGGAUAAGUCAUUUAAGCUGCAAGUGGCUUUGCUAAGGAUAAAAGAGUUCACAGAUGAUAAGAAGACAGACGAGAAUAUCCUCAAUAUCGUUAAGGAAAUUUUGGUAGAGUAAAGUUCGGAUUCUAAAA